GUCAUCAGUUACGUCCAGGUAUUCAAGCGAGAAACUACGAGAGUUACUUAUAUACGAACGACUACAUACACUAUUAUCAUUCCGCCAUGUCGAAUAAGGUCAAAGGGCUGCUUGAAAGGCUACAAGAUGACGAAACAGUUAUAGUGGCGGAAGGAUAUAUCUUCCAUUUCGAGAGAAGGGGCUAUCUCAAAGCCGGUCCAUUUGUUCCAGAAGUUAUUUUGGAACACCCAGAAUUGGUCAGAAAUGCCUACCAGGAAUUUGUUCACGCUGGUAGUGAUGUAGUUCUUGCUUUCACGUAUUACGUUAAUCGCGAGAAGAUGCGGUUGAUUGGACGGGAGAAGGAUAUACUAAAGAUGAACAAGGAUGCUCUGCGCAUGGCACGUGAAGUUGCUGAUGAAACAGGGACACUAAUGGCGGGAAAUAUAUGUAAUACCAAUUUAUAUACAGCGGAAAAUACUAAGGAGAAAAACUCGAUCAUUAAGGACAUGUUCAAGGAGCAAAUAGAAUGGGCAGUCGAUGGUGGUGCCGAUUAUAUGGUUGCAGAAACAUUUGUACACUUUGGGGAAGCAGUGAUUGCACUUGAAGCAAUGAACGAAUGUGCGAAAGAUUUACCAAAGGUUAUUGCGUUUUCUCCGGUUGCUACUGUGAAAGACGAGAGCGGACGUUAUUGUACAACCGAUAACGUUCUCUACGAAGAAGCAUGUACAAAGUUACGGGAGGCUGGUGCCGAUGUGGUUGGUCUUAAUUGUGGACGAGGACCAGCGACCAUGAUACCUAUAUUAGAGCAAAUAAGAGAAACAUAUCAGGGUCCAAUGUGUGCGUUGCCAUUGCCGUACAGAACAACAGAGAAAGAACCAUCGUUCAUGCAAUUGACCGAUCCUCAGAACGGUGAGCGAUUAUUUCCCCUCGAUUUGGAAGUAGUAUCAUGUUCACGAAAGGACAUCGCUCAGUUCGGCGAGAAGUGCAAAGAGUUGAACAUCAAGUACGUUGGGCUGUGCUGCGGUAACCUGGCUUGUCAAACUCGUACGUUAGCAGAAACCCUUGGACGCACAGUUCCUGCAAGCCGUUAUAGAGCAGAUAUGUCGUUGCACUGUGUCUUUGGAACAGAUGACAAAGUAGAUAAAAAUAACAAGGAGCACGUGCACUCAAUAAUAGCAAAUAAAUAG